AUAACAGUACUCCCUCCCCUCAACCUUUUCGCCAAUCACUUUCUCUCCCCUCCCGCCGGACCAAGAGAAAAAAAGAAUGUCAUGGCUGGCUCGCUCUCUGGCAAACUCUCUUCGUCUUGACGAUGCGGAGAACGACGUCUCACCAAGCCCGUAUUGCGACGCUUCAUCUGCAAUACACCAACUCGAACAACGAAGACAAGUCGAUCAGUACAAUAAUGAGGGAGGAGGAGAAGAAGAAGAUACGCGAUCAACGCAAUCGCAAGAAGACGAACAAUCGCGAGGUGUGAAAGAGGACCUUACGGAAUUCAAACAAACCCUAACGCGCCAACUUUGGGGUGUGGCAUCUUUCCUGGCCCCACCACCAACACCUUCUCUUCGAGAGUCCAAGGAUCAAUCUGUCUCGAAUUUUGACCAAUUUGUGUCUUCCGAUCCGUCUGUGUCGGGCGACCGGGAAGGAGAGGGAGAAGAGUCGGAUCCGGUGGGGAUUUCGGGGAUCAGGAGCGAUUUUGGGGAGAUCGGAGGAAGGUUCAGGGAGAUUUCGAAGAUGGCUUCGAAUUAUUUUCCAUUUGGGGCGGAGGAGGAUGAGGUGGAGAAUGAGGAAGAAUAUGAGGUAGAUUACGAGGAGGAAGAGGAUGAUAAAUUGGAAGAGAAUGCCGUUGGGAUUACUGAUGAGGUGUUGGCGUUCGCCAGGAACAUCGCAAUGCAUCCAGAAACGUGGUUGGACUUCCCUCUUGAUGAAGAAGAGGAUUUGGAUGACUUUGAUAUGUCUGAUGCCCAACGUGAGCAUGCGUCGGCCAUUGAAUGCCUUGCUCCUCGACUAGCUGCUCUCAGAAUAGAACUCUGUCCUUGCCAUAUGACUCAGAGUUACUUUUGGAAAGUCUAUUUCGUUCUUUUGCAUUCAAGGCUCAACAGACAAGAUGCAGAGAUUCUGUCUUCAUCUCAGGUUAUGGCGGCUAGAACUUUGUGGAUGAAAGAGCUACGAAAGCAAACAAAUCCAGAAUCUGGCUGGCUCAGACAUAGCAAUUACUAUUCAAAUGUCAAUAAGGCCAUCCCAGAUGAAAAUUUUUAUCCUGCCACAGUCAACGAUGUUCCCGAAAACAUGCGGUUUGGAGCCGUUGGUUUUGAACCUACGCCUUUCACUUCCAUGACAAAAUAUGUGACUGUCUGUGAGAUGGAGAAGCUUCCAGUUGUAAGCAGUGAGAUGCAAUGUAUUGAAAAAUCUAUCAUCGAGGAAAAGCCGGUAGUUAAAACUGAUAAUAAGGUUUCAGCGGCUGGUCCAUCGAAAAUAUUAUUUCCGGAUUUCGAAGAGGAUGAUGAUGACGACUGGCCAGAUGAAGGUUCCGAAUUAGGUGGGUACAGUGGAGCAGCCAUUCCUAUGGGGAAUGAAGAAGACGUUUCAUUCAGUGAUCUUGAGGACAAUGAUGAUUGUUGCAUGCCAGUAAAAUAUAAGAUUGUCUCAAAGGAUUCAGAAGCAACGUAGUACCAAGAUAUGUUCAACAAGCGUAAGCUAUGUUCGUUCGUUCGUUCGGCAUGAAGACAGGAAUCAAUGUCAUUGUCACCAAUACCUGGCAUAUGGUUGUUCCCUUCUGUGGUUGCUUAAUGUGAUCAUAUUUGUUCCUUGAUUGAUUUUUUAAUUCAGUUGAGCAAUCUCUUUGUUUACUGAUUGAGAGGUUUUGUACUUAAAACGUGUAAUAGAACGAGAAGGG